AUGGCUGCAAGAACAUUGCGAACAUGGUCUUCCGCCUCAAUCCCAUCACGUCUCCUAAUCCCUAGACCUCACUGCGUCAGCUGCCUGCAAUGGCGCCGAGCAUAUCAAACCUCCACCUCCACCACCGGUAGCAUCCCGGGUUACGCCUUUGCAUUCGACAUCGAUGGCGUCCUCGUGCGAUCUUCAGCUCCGCUGCCCGGCGCAGGAGAAGCUCUCUCGUACCUCCAGAGGGAGAAGAUCCCAUUCAUCCUCCUCACCAACGGCGGCGGCAAGAGCGAAUCCGAAAGAGUGUCAGACCUGCAGGAGAAGUUGGACGUAGAACUCGACACGGGCAUGUUCGUGCAGAGCCAUACACCUUUUGCGGACAUGACAGAGCUCCAUGACAAGACUGUUCUGGUGGUGGGAGGGGAUUACGACAAGUGUCAACUUGUUGCACAAUCGUAUGGUUUCCAGCAUGUCGUCACACCGGGGGAUAUCGUCACGGCGUAUCCGGACAUAUGGCCUUUUGCCAAAGUCUUCUUGGAAUCGGGGUAUUACAAGAGUUUCGCGAAACCUUUACCGAAGCCGAUCGUUCCUCACUCGACCAACGUGGCCGAGUCACUGAAGAUAGAUGCGAUCUUCGUCUAUAAUGAUCCGAGAGAUUGGGGCCUAGACGCCAGCAUCAUCUUGGAUACAUUGCUCUCCAGCCAGGGCUUCCUUGGGGCUCCUUCUCCCAAGAACGGCGAUCACUCUCUGCCGAACAACGGCUACUUACAAGAUUCCCAGCCGCACCUCUACUACUCCAACCCGGACAUGUUCUGGGCAACGUCCUAUCACCUCUCGCGCCUCGGCCAAGGAGGCUUCGAAGCAGCCUUCCAAGGCCUCUGGAACGCCGUGACCAGCAAUGCUGCCCUGAACAAGACGAUCAUCGGCAAGCCUUCCCAGUUCACGUACGAGUUCGCGGAGCGAAGAUUACGAGCGCAUCGGAAGAAACUCUUUGGACAGGUGGGGCUGAAUGAUCCUUUGAGGAGAGUGUAUAUGGUUGGAGACAACCCGGAAAGCGAUAUCCGCGGCGCGAAUGAGUAUAAGAGUCCGCAUGGGAGUGAGUGGAAGAGUGUGCUUGUCAAGACCGGAGUCUGGCAGGAAGGCACGGAGCCGUCGUAUAAACCUUAUACAAUACAGAACGGGGUCUUGGAUGCGGUUAGGUGGGCCGUUGAGGAUGCGAAAAGAGGGCAAUGA